AUGACGGACUUAGAGCCUAUGACUAACGGCUACUAUCUCUGGCAUUAUGUUCCUUCCAUAGCGGCUGCUGUGAUCUUCGCCAUACUUUUCUUUGCAAUCACGGUCAUCCACUUCUGGAAGCUGUUCAAAUCUCGAGUCCGCUUCACAAUACCCUUUGCUAUCGGCGGAAUAUUUGAAGUCAUCGGUUUUGCUGCUCGAAUAGCCGCCCACAACAACACCGCCGCGCUAAUACCCUAUGUUAUCCAAAGCAUAUUUCUCCUCCUUGCUCCCAUCUUGUUUGCCGCCGCCGCUUACAUGGUCCUCGCACGCAUUAUUUGCAGUGUCAGCGCUGAAGACUUUUCUCCUAUUCGCAUAAAAUGGAUUACCAAGGUAUUCGUCACCUGUGAUAUCAUUACCUUUCUCAUCCAGGGUAGCGGCGCUGGCAUGACGGUCGAAAGCACCAUGUCUAGCAUGGGGCAGUACAUUGUACUUGCGGGUUUGGUAAUGCAGAUCCUCACAUUCGUCUUAUUUGUGGUGACGGCGAUUGUGUUUGCCAAUCGCAUGAGAUUGAAUCCAACUUCAGCAGUCAAACAAGGCGAGGUUCCCUGGAAAAAGCAUUUGUACAGUUUGUACGCCAUCAGCGCUAUGAUCUUGCUCCGCUCAAUUUUCCGUGUCAUUGAGUAUGCAUGUGGAAAUGGUGGAUACUUGCUAGCAACCGAAUGGCCUACAUAUGUUCUAGACGCCACGCCCAUGUUUAUCGCCAUGGUCUGCUUUGCUAUCUGCUAUCCUAGCGAGCUACAACGAUUUUUGGUGAGAUGUGACUCGGGGAUCGCUUUGGAUCCGACGUCAUUGAAAGCAUGA